ACGUGCACUACGUCAUCAAGAUCUGCGUUGUUGCAGAGUCACUCUGAGAGGUUGAGUGUAAACAAGAGACUAGCGAGGGAAAAAUCUAGAAUAUUGUGUAUGAUUAGUUGAUUUCUUCUAUUAUUUGUGAGUAUUAACCGUACAGACGUAAUAUCUAGAUCACGUUAUGCCCGUCGACGGCCUGUCAUCGGGCGGUUUAAAGCGAGUUUUCUCACAGAUAUCGUCUCUACACGCUGACUGGCUAACGUUUGCCUGUUAGCUUUGUGAACACAGACCCUCAUAACAGGAGAAACAAACUCCUGUAUGUCCGGGGUUUACACGGAUUUGGGUCCUUUGGCCUUUUAAGGCUGUCUAACAUAAUGGCUGCUGUGGAGAAAGUAGGAAAGGAGUGUGAGGAGGAGACACUACAGACCGCUUUUAAGAAACUGCGUGUGGACGCUGAAAGUUCCACAACCACAGUCCGUGUCUCUGAGUCUUUGGCUUCCAGAUUGGUUGCUCGAAGCAGCCCAGAAGGAGCCAAAUCCAAGAUGAGCUCCUCGAAAGAUAACUGGCUUGGUUGCACAAGAAAGUCAUCCAGAGGAGUUGUGAGAAGCCAGCGACGACGGCGAUCAAAAUCGCCAAUCCUUCAUCCUCCGAAGUUUACCUACUGCAGCAAAAUGUCUCCCCCUCCUGGACACCUCAAACACAAGACCCCGCCAGAGCCUGACGACACCGGCGCCGUCAAGAACGAAGUCGCAUUCUCACCGCCGUGCUCCACUGUAUUCGGUGUUGCCGGCUAUGAAACCCACCUCCCUUCUCCAAAGGGGCAGGAAUCGGCUCUCAGUCCCAGAAUGCCAUCGGAUGACGAGAGUGCUCCCGAAAACAGGCCCGCUUUAGGAUGUGGGCCGGGAUCUCAGGAGGCGGGCGAAGGUAAUGCUGUUCCAUCUGACUUUCAAACUCUGUCCAAGUUGCAGGAGGCCGGUCAGUGCCCAUGUGGGCAGCGGGAAUGCCAGUGUCCCGGUUGGCAGGGGGUCGAGGUUUACUCAUUCACCGGCCUUCGAGAUGUGAUCUCCGAAUGCGAGCGGAAGCUUCCCAGCCCGCAGGACAGUUCGCCCAACAGCAGAACUUCUGCUGGGACGUCCAGCUCCCCUCGCUCUUGUUCCGAACAGGCCCGCGCCUACGUGGAUGACAUCACGAUAGAAGACCUUUCCGGAUACAUGGAAUAUUACCUUUACAUCCCCAAGAAGAUGUCACACAUGGCUGAGAUGAUGUACACCUGAAAAUGACCUUUAAUUAAGCAAAUUGAAGCAUUGGGAAAGAUGGAUAUUGGGUACAUUUAAGGAAGAAAAAAAAAAAACUGAUUUAUUUAAAAUAAAUAAAUGAAUAAAAAGCAGUAAUGAAGAUGUUAUCUAAGAGCAAUUCUACUUUGUUGUGGUAUUGAGGAUUUGUUAUGUUUGUUCUUUCUCCAGAACAUCCAGACAACGUGUGCUGACUAAGAAUCAUGGGAGCAUGACUCAUUCUGUGAUUUACUACUCUGUUUCCUUUGUUUUUGUUUGAUUUCGUGAUAACUGUUAUGUUUGGUUUACAUUUUAAAGUUGCCAAAGGUCUAUCCCAGAGACUGCAGGUUUGAUUUCACCGAUAUAUGCAAACUUACACAAUGCCAAGUAAUAAUUCUGUUCACCAUGACAAGGAUGCGGUGUCAUCUUACUUCUCAAUAAAAUGGCUUUUUGGGGAUUGUUCAUGACGUUUGGUGUCUUGGACGUCUUGCUUUGCAUCUUGCUGCUGCUUUAGUGACUAAAUCACCAAGAUGUUUUAUUUCUACAGGAAAUUUAUAAUAAAUUCAUAGAAAUUAUUUUUUAAUUUAAUUCGUUUUGAGUUUUAAUUUUAAGAAAUUAGUCAUUCAAAUAACAUUAUGCAUUAUAACAACUGAAAGGAUAUAAUGCAGAAAGUAGUUAUGACACUUGGACAUGUUUAUCAUGCAAGUAACAUGCCAUUUUUAUUUUUACCUGCCUAUGUAAAAAGCUGUUACGUAAGGUAGGAGCUUCCUCUUUAAAACAAUGCAUUUGUUCUGAAUCACCAAUAAACUGGAAUGAAACAAUGA